AUGGCCCGCGCCCUUUCGGCUGUCCUGCUCGCCGCGGCGGCGUGCCUCAGCGCCCAGCGGCUGCCUCUGGCGGCGAAGGCCGAGGCGCGGGCAUUCGCCGCGGCGCGCACCGGGGCGGGGCUCGCGGGGCCACCGCUGCCUGCGGCACCGCCUGCUCGCCGCACGGAGGGCUCGUCCGUGGCCAGGCGUGGCCUGCUGGGGCUCUUCGGCAGGGCCCCCGCGCCCCCGCCGUGGUAUGCGCAGCUGCUGGGCAGCAGCAGCGCGCCCGUGCUGUCUCUGGCGCUCGGGGUGCUGCUUGGCGCGGUUGCAGCAGCGAAGGGGCGAGGCGGCGCGUCCGCGCCGACGUACGUUUUCAACAGCAGCAUCACCAAGGAGCAGGUGCUCGAAGCUCAGGAGGCCUGGGGCGACGGAAUCGUGAAGAUCAGCGCCGCGCAUUCCAGCGGGGAGGACUUCACGUUUCUCGCGAAAGAGCACAUCAGGAACCUGUACGGCUACGGCGUCACUGAUGUCCUCUUCAAGCCGACUCUGGCCUCAGAGAUUCAGUUUCGAUCCACCUUCGACGAGGCCCUGUCUUACUUUGUUGCGAUAAACGGGGCUUGCUCUGAGGACACGGGUUUCGCCAUCAAGGGCUGGAAGGCCGUCCGGUGGGAGAACGUGGAUAUCACCACCUCAGGCAACACCGCGAUGGCCAUGGGCAACUACUUCUUCACCACCCCAGAAGGCGGCGAGGUGAAGGUAGAGUAUACGUUCGGUUAUUUCCUCGACGCGGAGGGGAAGGUGCGGAUCAAUUUGCACCACUCCUCAGUGCCGUACGACUCUGGCGUCACCAAGGAAGAAGUCAUCGCUGUGCAAAAUGCGUGGGCUGGCGCCAUCCAGAACAUCUCGAAGAUCCACAAGGACAAAGGCGAUUUCGUCCAGGCAGCGGCGGAUGCAGCUGGGGAGCUCUACGCGUACGGUGAAGGUAACGUGCUCUUCAAGCCGACUAAGGCUCGUGAGUACCCGUUCCGGCCCACGGCUGAGGAGGCGAUGUCCUAUUUUGUCGGCAACGACGCGGUGGAGAACGGUUAUAAGGAGGACGGUGGUUUUGCGAUCAACGGGGGCAAGGGCUGGGCCGAUUGCGUGUACAACAACCACAUGAUCGAACCUAUCGGUGGUAUUGCCAUUGCCAUGGGUACAUACGAUUUCACCUGUGCCACCACCGGGGACGUGUCGACUGUCGAGUACACUUUCGGUUACAAGCGCUGCGACGAUGGGAAGGUUCGCAUCUUCUUACACCACUCGUCUGUGCCGUACAGCGCUGCACCCGCUCCAGUCACCGAGGAGGAAGUCAUCGCUGUGCAAAAUGCGUGGGCUGGCGCUAUCAAAAAUAUCUCGAAGGUUUACAAGGACAAAGGCGACUAUGUUCAGGCAGCUGCCGAGGCAGCUGGGAAGCUCUACGCGUAUGGUGAAGGUAACGUGCUCUUCAAGCCGACUAAGGCUCGUGAGUACCCGUUCCGGCCCACGGCUGAGGAGGCGAUGUCCUAUUUUGUCGGCAACGACGCGGUGGAGAACGGUUAUAAGGAGGACGGUGGUUUUGCGAUCAACGGGGGCAAGGGCUUCUCAGAUUGUGUGUACAAGAACCACCAGAUCGAACUCAAGGGUGGCAUUGGCAUUGCAAUGGGUACCUACGACUUCACCUGUGCCACCACUGGGGACGUGUCGACUGUCGAGUACACCUUCGGUUACAAGCGCUGCGACGAUGGAAAAGUGCGCAUCUUCCUGCACCACUCGUCCGUACCCUACUCGCCUUGA